UAUAUGUCUGCAUAACAUAUUCAUUCAUCAUUUUAAAUAAAUAGCAAGUAGCGUCAUUUUAAAAUUGGUGGGUGAAAACAAAUUUCCUUGUGUUACAUAAGUUACUAGAAGAUGCACCAAUAAAUUUUGGUUACUAUCGUUAGUAAACCACGUGUGUGCUGGCAAGAUCAUCGUAUUAUCAAAUUUGAUGAAAUAUUAUUGUUUAGUUUAUUAAUUAAAAUUGGAAAAGUAAAGAAUAUUCGAUAUGUCUGAUAGUACGCUGGAGGAUACUAAGAUUCCAGGAGUAGAUUCUGAAUUACAAGAAUUUGUGCAAGCCGAAAAACAAAAAGCACAAUUUCAAGCUCAGAUUCUAGAAUUCAACGACAUUUGUUGGGAAAAAUGUGUUGAUAAACCAGGAGUCAAAUUGGACAGUCGAACAGAAACAUGUUUAAGCAAUUGUGUAGAUAGAUUUAUAGAUGUUUCUUUUUUGAUUACAAAUCGCUUUGGGCAAGUUUUACAAAGAGUUUUAGAAAAUUAAUUUUUUAAGUUAUUUACAUGAUUGUAUUGUUACAUUCAAUUUUAAUUUCAUCUGUA